AUGAACCCCGCACCCCCAAUCUCCCCCGAGCUGUUCACCCAGCAUCCCAGCAGACUAGAGCACCACAGACGCCUGGUUGUGGAAGCAGCAAUCGAAGACUGCUUCUUCGUCAAGAGCGCCAUCGCACGCAAGAGGAAGGCCGAGGAGAUCUUCGAGAGCUUCAACCAUUCGCACUCUUACAAGCAGGCAGCUGAAAGAGUACAUUGA